CCUCACGUUGCACUGUUCCCGAAAGUAGAGCCUGUACAAUUCGUGAAAUAACCUGGAUACGGUCGGCUGACAAAAUCAGGAACGACAUCAACCUCAAAAUGACAGAAAGCUCUACAGCYAAGCUGCUAAACGGAGAUGCCUGUCGCCGGACUACAAAUGGGAAAAACCAAGCGAGUAAAAAUGGCUACGUGAAGAACCACUGCCUGUUCCAACAGUCACAGAAGUAUAGCCGCCUCGAGAAGAAGCAAAAUGGGAACAGUAACUCCAGUUUGUACAAGAAGCCCUAYGUGGAAUCCUACGAGGAGACGCCUCUCCUCGUGGCUGUGCUCACCUACAUGGGCUACGGCAUCCUCACCCUCUUCGGCUACCUCAGAGACUUCAUACGCCACUGGAACAUCGAGAAGUGCCACGUGGCUCGUGAGAGAGACGAGCAGAAGGAUUUUGUUCCUCUGUAUCAGGACUUUGAGAACUUUUACACCAGGAACCUGUAUAUGAGGAUUCGAGAUAACUGGAACAGACCUAUAUGCAGUGUCCCUGGUGCCAAGAUGGACUUGGUAGAGAGAGUCACUCACAACUACAACUGGACCUUUGAACACACAGGGCAAGUGGUGAAGGACGUCAUCAACAUGGGUUCAUACAACUACCUCGGCUUUGCUGAGAACACUGGAGCUUGUUACGAUGCUGCUGUCAAAGCCACACAUACGUACGGGGCUGGAGUGGGAAGCACUCGCUGUGAGCUAGGGAACCUGGACAUCCACGAGGACUUGGAGCAGUUGAUUGCCAGGUUUCUGGGGGUCGAGUCAGCCAUGGCCUUUGGGAUGGGCUUCGCAACCAACUCCAUGAACAUUCCUGCUCUCACUGGAAAGGGUUGUCUGAUCUUAAGCGACGAGCUGAAUCACACGUCGCUGGUGCUGGGCGCUCGCCUGUCGGGCUCCACAAUUCGAGUCUUCAAACACAACAAUAUGCAGAGUCUCGAGAAGCUGCUGAGAGAUGCUAUCGUACACGGACAGCCCAGAACGCACAGGCCAUGGAAGAAAAUCCUCAUCGUUGUGGAGGGAAUUUACAGCAUGGAGGGGUCCAUCGUUCGUCUGCCUGAGAUCAUAGCUCUGAAGAAGCGCUACAAGGCCUACCUGUACCUGGAUGAAGCUCACAGUAUCGGCGCCCUCGGACCUAAUGGGAAAGGAGUCGUGGACUACUUCGGUCUGGAUCCCAAAGACGUCGACGUCAUGAUGGGAACCUUCACCAAGAGCUUCGGGGCUGCAGGUGGAUACAUCGGAGGCAAGAAGGAGUUGAUCAACUACCUGCGCUGCCACUCUCACAGUGCUGUGUAUGCCACCUCCAUGUCCCCACCUGUGGCUCAGCAGAUCAUUACCUCCAUGAAGGUCAUCAUGGGAGAAGACGGAACCUCUCUGGGUGCUGAUCGCCUCAGACAGCUCUCAGAAAACACUACGUACUUCCGCAGAAAACUUCGGGAGAUGGGUUUCAUCAUCUACGGCAACGACAACUCUCCCGUCGUCCCCCUGAUGCUCUACAUGCCUGCCAAAAUUGGGGCUUUUGGCCGAGAGAUGGUGAAGAGGAACAUCGGCACGGUGGUGGUCGGCUUCCCAGCGACGCCCAUCAUCGAGUCAAGAGCUCGUUUCUGCGUCUCUGCCGCUCACACCAAAGAGAUGCUCGAUAGAGCACUGGAGGCCAUCAGCGAAGUGGGGGACCUGCUGCAGCUAAAGUACUCCAGACGGGAACAGCCGCUUCCCUCCUUGGGAUGGAUAUCUGAGGAGAGCCACCUCCAGGACUGAGCAUCACCUUACCUCACCAUUUCACUACUUCCAGUUACUGAAACUCCUCAUAACUUCUGUAUUUUUAUUUUUUGUAGUCCUCUUUUUUUUUUUUCCGAUGAGCCAGUCUCCACGCUCAGCUGCUUUAUAUCUUUUUAUAGGAGAUUCCCCUCCCCUCAGUCAUGCUCAGGCUCGCAGCUGAUUCACCCGUACCCUGGCAGGAUGUCCGCAUCGUGACAAACUGUUUCCAGGGCAGCCUUCAGUCAUUCGUUCUUUCACUCGAGUCUUUUCCCCGUGUUUAUUUGUGCAAUAAUAUCCACAAAGUUGACUUUUUAAAACAAAGUAGGCAGCACUCUGCUUUGAGUUCUUGCUCGAUGCACAGACAAGGAAGUUAAUGUAAAUGAUAUUUAUUACAUAUUUAACAUCGCCUUAGCAUCCCAUACCCAAACGUCAGAUACAUCUGACUGCUUCUUUUACUUGAACAAAGUAUGUAGAUUAUUUGGUUCUUUUCCUAACCAAAAGAUGUAUAUGUAUAAAUAUAUUUUCUAACUUUUUUUUCUUGAAAUGCAAAACAGAUGUCCCCCUUUAUCCCAAAUAAUAAAAAAGUGUAUAUAUGUGGUGUAACGGUAAGGAAUUCCAGGGAGCGAGAAUGACGAAUAUUUUAUUACUGCUCAUUUUCUAGAAAUAUUUUCAGCCUAAUUUUACUGUUUACACCUGCGUUCAAACGUUUUGAGCCUAGUGUCUUUAACAUUUCUGUCAUCUAAUGAAUUACAUGUGUGAUUUAUUAUUAUUUUUUUCCAUUUACGCUCACUAAAGUGCUUUUAUGUAAAUGUCUAACUUGGAUCUGUAUGUAUGACGAUGCAACUCCCAUCUGAUUUUACAGAUUUAUUUAUUUAAAUUGUUUUUUUUUUUUUUCGACAAACCAUUAUCUGAAGGGCAGCUCCAGAUGUGCUCUGGUAGAGAGUUUUUAUUGUCUCAGUUUCAGCACUGCACCACUGACGAGCUCUUGAAACGCUCAGAUGACGUGGGCAGGAAAAUUAGCAAAAAUUCUCGCUAUGUAAACUUAGCGCAAAAAGUUAGGAAAUUUGUGUUUGGUCAAUUAUUUCUUUGUAGUAAUACUGAUUUUUGGCAUUAAAUUCUAUUUCAUUUAGAAUGCCUGUUUAUUUCUCCUUAAAUGUAUGCAUAAAGAAGGUGUAUCUGGGGUUGCGCUAAUGAAAAUCUUAAAUCUCUGCCAAAGUCAAACAGCUUAUUCUACUAUUAACUCUUAUAUAGACUGGAUGAUUAAAUUCUUAAGAAGUGCGACUUAAUGGCAAUUUAACAAUUUGUUCACUUAUUAAACAGGAGACUCAGUAGCAUGUGGAAGAACCAUAUACAGCCACAACCACUUCCUCGUGCUGCUUCUCAGCUUGGUUGUACGCAGCUGUGAGAUGGCAUCUCAUUCUUUAACCAGGGGUUGUUGUAAGUCAUCCAACAGGUUUGUGAUGACCGUAAAUAAGCCAACACAAGCUAAAUUUAGCUAAUGUUUUGUUAGCGCGACAUACAAUUGCAUUUAAUGAACAAAUGUUUAAGUGGGAAUAAACCGGCUCUCCAAUGGCCUAGAGGUAUUGUUAAAACAAAGAAAUAAUACACAAACAUUUAUUUUGGUCUUUUUUGCUCUGUUUAUUAUUUAUAUUUAUAUAUUUUUUUAUUCUCAUAAUUUAACACUUGUCAUGAUCCUUAUCACUGACAUUCCAUAUCUACCUGUUUUCUGUUAUUGUUUUGGUCCUACAUGUAAUUUAAAUGUUUUAUGUUGUCAUUAAUACUAUAAACACGAGGUCUGGUAAUUUGUUCUAACAAAUGUAUGAAUGAACCAAAAAGGAAAAACGAGCCUUGUUUGUUUAUUUUUUUGUUUUGGCAUUUUAUGUGCAACACAUUUCAGCAUUGUCCCUUUUUUUAUUUUCAUUUAAUGUUUAUUUUGUAAUGGCUCUGACUCACGUGCUUUUUAAUGAUAGUACCUUUUUUUUUAGAAGCAUUUAUGAAAUGUGGAAAACCUGACUGAUCUGCAUGCGUUCCUCAGGAAAAUGCGUCAACAAAUGAAUUUUCUUUUCAUCAAAGUUUCCUCCGACUGCAGGAGCAUGCGCUAUGUUAAGUCUCAACAUUUCUGCCUGUUGAAGCAAAAAAUAAUAAUCAUUACAAACAGCAACAAGCCUGUUUGUUCACUGCCAGGUUUCCCCUCAUUGGACCUGCAGAUUUAAUAUUGGGGGAUUAUUCAAAUGCAGCAUGUGUGGCUCUGGAUAAGAGUAGCAUUCACCUCCUGAGCUGCGACACGUACAGUAUCUGCUGCUUUCCCACUCUGGAAUUGUAAUUUGAGUUGAAGAUAAACCUCUUAAAGGAGUUUGUGAAGCCAUAAUGUUUGAUGGAAAUAUUGCCGCAAAGAUUAAAUCACUUGAAUCUGAAUUUA